AUGGAGGCAAUACUGAUAUUGGAUGAUUUUGACAACUCUUUCCACUACUUUCCCGAACCUACAUCCCCUUGUCUAUUGCCAAUUGGUGACAAUAUAUUAAUUGAGAAUUUAAUCACAUGGAUCAAACGCACUUGUGUAUAUAGCCUUACUCUUGUAACAAGUAGUAGUGCCAUUUUUAGUGAUUUCCAACAGUACUUGGCCACAAUUAAUAGUUCAUUAAAGAUUCAUAUAAUAGAAAUUGACAAACAAAGCAACUGUCUGGGCGAUUUCAUAAGAAAUAUUUCAAUAUCAUUAAACCUACAAAAUGAUUUUCUACUGAUCUAUGGCAAUACAUAUCUAUGCCAUGACCUUGAUGUUCCUAUAAAACAACAUAUAGAUCUCAAAGUCAAGAGGCCCAAUCUAGAAGCAACAAUUUUGUUGUCCAAAAUAUUGCCAAAUGAAUCACUAAGGGCAAACAAUGAACAAAAUAUCUACAUUACAUCUACUGAGGGAAGGAUUCUAUGUUACGCCAAUCUUAACGCUGAUACUAAGUUUGGGUUGGGAUAUGAGCAGUUGAAGAAAUACAAACUUGGCGAAAACUACUCCCUUAAACUAAACUAUGACCUAGUAAACAGCGGAAUUAUAAUUUGCACAAACAAAAUUGUUGAGAAAUUUAAAACUUCAUUUGACUUCAAAACGAUUGAUGAUUACAUAUUACAUGUGACAAAUGAUGAACUGGAGUAUGGUGAAAUAUUUACUUAUGUUCUGGACAAGCCCAUUGGUAGUGACUGUCAUACUUUAUCUAUCGCAGACUAUAACAUAUACUACCAGUUAUUUAAAUUGAUCCCAUUUACCUUGGACAAGUUUGCCAAAUAUAAUAUUCUGUCCCAAUUGAACGGUCUUACCGCUGAGAUUAAUGGGGAAAUCGAUGAUUCAACUGUAAAAGAGUGUAAAUUGUCCUCCACAUCCACCAUUAUUUCUUCGUGGGUUUAUAAUUGUCUGAUUGCAGACAAUUGCCACAUAAGCAAUUCAGUGAUAUUUAACUCAGAAAUAAAGUCUAACGUCGUAAUAUCAAAUUGUUUAGUGCUUGGUAAUUGUAUAUUCAAACAAAAUACAAAAAUAUCAGGCAUCAUAGUGGGUAGUCCAUUUAAAGUAACUGAUGUACAGGAGACUGAGCAAAAUAAUCCCCUGGCUCAUUUCAGUUUAAUUGGGAAUAGGGUUGAUCUUAGACCCCCAUCAAUCUACUCAUCUAUUGAAUCUAGCGUUUCGAAUAACAGCUUACCCUCGAAGGUUUCGAAUGAUUAUGAUGAUAGUAUGCAUCAUAAUACGCAAGGGGUACGUGGUACAGAAGAUAUCACGGAAUUUGAAGAUGAAGUGUUUGACAUGAUCAGUGACAUUCUAACCAAUCCAAAAUACAUACAAUACUCUGUGCUUGAGUUGAAAGGGCUGAGACUGGCUUAUAACGUACAAAAUGUGCAUAUGAUUCAAGCAUUACUAUACCCAAUUGUCAAUUGGUUAUGCACUAAUUAUCCAGACCAAAGUUACUGGGAUAAAGCAUUAGAUGAGGCUAAAAUUUGCACAAUAUUUGCACCGUUCAUUGAAGAGGAGGAUAAAAUGGCGCAUUUUUCUGCAUUUUCAGCACUUUUAAGGGUCUGUAACAAUGAGAAUUUUGAAAGGAAUAGUUUGAGGUUCUGUUAUGUGUGUGAAGCAUUCAACAGUGCCAAUUUACUAAAUUUUGACUUUUUGCCAGAGUGGUACAACGAACUUGGAGGGGAGGAAAAGGUUAAUUCGAGUUUGAUUGAGGUGAGAUUCAAGGCGUUUUUGGAGUGGCUGGAUGAAGAAUGA